UUUACGAAAAUAUGAAUGUCGAAAAGUAUCUACGAUAUAAUCCACACUGUAUAGUAAGUUGAACCUACUUAUAAUAAGUGUCAAUCUAAAGAUCCGUAAUUCAUCAUUAUUAUUAGUGUUCGUUUAGCUGCACUUUCGUAAAAAUGAAGUUUUUAGUGGCACUGGCUGUUUAUUGCGUCUUGUCUGCGACGGCUGCGUACUCCGCACCAUCACACGGAUUCAUAUCGCCGGUGAUCCUGCCCAAAGUGCACGUGGCGUCACCGGACGUGACGGUCGUCAGACAACCGUACGUGGUGCAGCAAACCGAACCGGUGUUCAGACACGUCUACUACGCCGGCGAUUCGGUGCCGUACGUGUCGCACCACGUGCAGGCCUACCAUCAACAACCCGCGGUCCUCGCCGCCUAUCACACUGCACCAGCGUACGCGCCAGCCGUCAGCUACGUCGUUUGAGCUUCGGCUUUCGAUAGUCGUCGUCACGAAAUCGUCAUUCGUCAUUCGUCAUCAUCAUCAUCAUCACCAUCAUCACUGAUUCACCAUCAUGUUAAUUAUAUUACGUGGACAUUAUUAAUACCUCCACAUCUAGCCGAAGCGUACAUUUACGUACCGGUCUCAUGUAUAGUAUGAUGUCCUGACUUGUUAUCCGACGACACCGACGACACCGACGAAAAUAUAAUAUUAUAAUAUUAUUAAUAGAACAGUUAUGAUUAUAUUAUAUUCAUGAUAGGGUACCUACCCUGCGCGUGACAAACGCGAAUAAUUAAAUGCGAAAACGUUUUUCAUUUAUAUUUUAUUUACAAAUACAAUAACACAACAAUAAUUUCUCAA